ACCUCUAGCGGGCUCCAAGCACACCGCAGCCACAGACGCGGCUCCCAUUCCGGAGCCAUCCAAACUUUUUCUUUCUCUUUUGCCCCCUCUACAAAGGCGACUUACGAAGUAGGCGGACAGGUCAGCGGCCAAGCCUGAGGCUAGCCGAACGCAGCAUGAUGCUCAGAAUGUGGGAGGCUCUGGCAGCUCUGGCAGCUGUGGCGUGCCUGGUGGAAGCCGUACGCGGGGGACCGGGGCUCAGCAUGUUCUCGGGCCAGGCAGCGCAGCCUGACCCUUGCUCUGACGAAAAUGGGCACCCCCGUCGCUGCAUCCCGGAUUUCGUUAACUCGGCUUUUGGCAAGGAUGUGAAAGUGUCCAGCACCUGCGGGCGACCCCCAGCCCGCUACUGCGUGGUGAUGGAGCGCGGAGAGGAGCGGCUGCGCUCUUGCCACCUCUGCAACGCUUCUGACCCCAAAAAAGCGCACCCGCCCACUUUCCUCACUGAUCUCAACAACCCGCACAACCUGACCUGCUGGCAAUCCGAGAACUACCUGCAGUUCCCGCACAAUGUAACACUCACUCUUUCCCUGGGCAAGAAGUUUGAGGUCACCUACGUGAGUCUCCAGUUCUGCUCACCAAGGCCCGAGUCCAUGGCAAUCUAUAAGUCCAUGGACUAUGGGCGCACUUGGGUGCCUUUCCAGUUCUACUCUACGCAGUGCCGCAAGAUGUAUAACCGCCCCCAUCGAGCUCCCAUUACCAAGCAGAACGAGCAAGAGGCUGUAUGCACCGACUCACACACAGAUAUGCGCCCGCUGUCCGGUGGUCUGAUUGCCUUCAGCACUCUGGACGGGCGGCCCUCUGCGCACGAUUUUGAUAACUCUCCCGUCUUGCAGGACUGGGUGACGGCCACAGACAUCCGCGUGACCUUCAAUCGGCUACACACCUUUGGCGAUGAGAACGAAGAUGACUCAGAGUUGGCGCGAGACUCUUACUUCUACGCUGUUUCUGACCUGCAGGUGGGCGGCCGCUGCAAGUGCAACGGCCAUGCGGCCCGCUGUGUUCGUGACCGCGACGACAGCUUGGUGUGUGACUGCAAGCACAAUACGGCUGGACCAGAGUGCGACCGCUGUAAGCCAUUUCAUUACGACCGACCCUGGCAGCGGGCCACUGCCCGGGAAGCCAACGAGUGCGUGGCCUGUAAUUGCAACCUGCAUGCCCGCCGCUGCCGCUUCAACAUGGAACUCUACAAGUUAUCCGGGCGCAAGAGUGGGGGUGUCUGCCUAAACUGUCGGCACAACACCGCUGGACGUCACUGUCACUACUGCAAGGAAGGCUACUAUAGAGAUAUGAACAAACUGAUCACUCACAGAAAGGCCUGCAAAGCAUGCGAUUGCCACCCCGUGGGUGCAGCUGGCAAGACCUGUAAUCAAACCACGGGUCAAUGUCCCUGCAAAGAUGGUGUGACUGGUAUCACGUGCAAUCGAUGUGCCAAAGGUUAUCAGCAAAGCCGUUCUCCCAUUGCCCCCUGUAUAAAGAUUCCUGUGGCUCCACCCACCACUGAAGCCAGCAGCAUAGAGGAGCCAGAAGACUGUGAUUCCUACUGCAAGGCCUCCAAAGGGAAGCUGAAGAUUAACAUGAAAAAGUAUUGCAAGAAGGACUAUGCUGUCCAGAUCCACAUUUUGAAGGCUGAUAAGGCUGGAGACUGGUGGAAGUUCACAGUCAACAUUAUCUCUGUAUACAAACAGGGUACUAGCAGGAUCCGGAGGGGUGACCAGAGCUUGUGGAUCCGCUCAAGAGAUGUGGCUUGUAAGUGCCCUAAAAUCAAAUCUUUGAAGAAAUACCUGCUCCUUGGAAAUGAUGAGGACUCUCCUGAUCAGAAUGGCAUUGUGGCUGAUAAAACCAGCUUGGUGAUUCAGUGGAGGGACACAUGGGCACGGCGACUCCGGAAAUUCCAGCAGCGGGAGAAGAAGGGGAAGUGUAAGAAGGCCUAGUAAGGAGAAGCCUGAGCUCCAGUGCCAAGAGGGCUUGAAAGAGAAAAUGCGUGCAAGAGAAUGAUUGAUGGAUGGAGUGUGCGGCGGCUUUGUGUAGAUCCUGGAGCAGACAGAAUUGGAAUGGGGAUGGUGGUAGAUUUCACUUUGUUAUGGGACUGGGGCUGGGGCUGGGGCUGGGGCUGGGGAGAAGGUGAGGGGGUGGGAAUUACAGGGCUGGGAGUGCCCUCCUACUACUGGGACAGAUGCCACUGAACGCAAAGCAAGCAGCCAUGGGAAGUUGGGGCCUAGCCUAAGGCGUCAAAUGGCAACAUCCCUUCCUAGCUAGCACCCCUGUUGGUGAGGGAAAGGCAAGCCACAUAUAUCCAUAAUUGUGGAAACCUGCAAAAGCUGCUGGUUCCAAAGCCGCCCCCUUCCCCCUCCCAACAGGAUGUAUAUGCCUGCAGUCAAGUCCAGUGCUUCUGCAGCAGCUGCUGCUGCUACAGCCUGUCCACACUCCCUCCCUCAGUCCCAAAGGGCCUGAUAUUGGAUGAGAAUUCAGUCAGAGGACAGACAAUAUGGGCAGGUAACCUUUCCUUAAUGGGCCUUGGUUUUACUUGGCAAAAUGAGGAUGCUAUUGACCUACCUCAUGGGGCUAUUCAGAGAUCAAAAGUGGUUCCUUUCCAAGUACUAAGUAUUAUUAUCAGUGAGAAAUCACUGAGUGUGUGUUGUUCAUUUUGCACACCUGGCCUAGGUAGGUAGCAUGUACAGGGUUCUGCCUGAAUCUUUACAAGUUUUGGGAGGAACACUUUCAUGUUACUUGAAUUCAAAUGUAUUAUUAAAAUCUUGGUGUUGGCAAUGAAGCAAACUGUGGUAUGAAUCGCAUUAGGAUAGCUGUGAACUCUUGGACUAACAGUUUAGGCAAUUUAACAAGAGUGGGCUGGAUUUCUUAGAGCAACAAUGCAGGGUAUUAGCAUACCAAUGUCCUCCCUCUACCAACUCCAUUUCUUCAGACAUUCAAUUUCCAGAUCCCUCUGUCUCUCUUUGGAGACUUUGCAUUUGACCCUGUCCUCUCCCCCUCUUCCCCCCUUUAUUUCCCCCAGACUACUACAGGCUAGUUUGAAUACCCUAGAAUAUAGCCCUUCCAAAAUCGAGGAAGCAGAGUGGCACCCCGAUAACCCACUUGUCAACAGUGGAAAUGGAAAGUUAAAUCAACUGACAUGCGUUUAUUAAACCCCUACUAUAUAGCCAGGUCAAGUUGUGUGGGUCUUGGAGCAAGCAGGUGUCCCUAUCACAGUGGCUCAGCUCACUGCUUACUGGGCCAGUCAGUGUUCAGGAAGGAUUUGGGCUCUCUACGGUGCCCAGUCCCCAGGAGUCUUAGAAGAUUACUUCAGAGAGGCCCCAAGUUGGGUGGGCAGCCAGUGCUGGUUCCAUCUCAAAUAGAGGAGGCCUGGAGAAGUCAAAGUCAAAACCUCCCAGAUCGUUUCCUCUUUGGAAACUUGGAACUAGCCCUUCUUAUAACAUUUUCCAGCAGGAGAGGGGUGGGGGAAGGGAGCCUUGCUGCCUAAUUUUAUAGCAGUGACAUUGUUUAUAUAAUGACAUCAGUUCCCAGAAUGCAGUACAACUGGAAGGUGCCUGGAGAGCAAGUAGACUGAAGGGUGGGGUAUGUGGGGGACCAGUAGAACCCUGGUCCUGGGGAAAAUGAUUUAUUCUAAGCUAGAAUGGCUAGGGAGGCCUACAAAGCUAACCCUAGAGGUGAAGGCUAGGUUUUACAUGUCAGUCAUUCACUUCCCUCCUCCUUUCCUUGCCAGUGAAACUGCUGGAAAGGCUUAUUUGAAAUAAUCCUCUAGCUCUGCCCUCAGGUUAUAUUUCCUUUUGGCAGGUUUCAGAUCCUCUUGGGGGCUACUAAUCUGGCCAAGAACUGAGGGAUCAGGGCCAAGGAAACCUGCUAGUGCAUCUUCUAUCUAACAUAUCUCAAAGCCCCUGGGAUCAUAAAGCUGCCUUUCCAACAUAGUGUAGCUCCUUGGGCUGAGCACAAGGCCACCACUCUUCCUCUUGGGACUGGAUACCACCUUCUCCUGGUGGAAGCAUUCAUUUGCCUUUAGGUUGGUCCCAUUUUCCACUGAGAAACCUGCUCAACAAGGACUGUCAUUGAGUCACAUUGUGCAAGCUAAAUCUGAAUUCUUCCAGUUUUGAAGAGUCUUAUACAGGGCUUCACCCCCAUUUUCUCAGGCACCCCCAAAUUUUACCAUGAAUUCCUUCCCUUCCAAUAUGUGUGCUUGGCUAUUCCUUGAUCAGAAAUACAACAAAAAGACCCUUGUAUAAGGCCUUGUCUUUUAUUCACUUUCCUAUAUUUCAGGGCCAGUUUUCCCAAGGUCAUUUCUCAUAUCCCAGAUUCUCAGAGCUGAAAGGAAUCUCAAUUCUCUUUAUAGCAUAUCUGACUAGAUGUCAUCCAGUCUUUGCCAUGAAAGGGAACUCGCUACUUUUGAGAUAUCCCAUUACCGGAUAGUGCUAAUUGUUAGGAAGUUUUUUCUUCUAUCAAACCAUAUUUGCUUCUUAGCAAUUUCCACUUACUAUUCCUAGUUCUCCUAUCUGUGAUCAUCCAGAAAAAAUUGUCUAAUCCCUCUUCCAUUUGCAAAUACUUGAAGACAGCUAUUAUAUUCCUUCUAAAACUCUUCUCUACAUUAAACCUCCCAAGUUCUGUCAAUUGAUCUUCUUGUGACAUGAUCUCAAAUUUCUUCACCAUCCCCUUUAUUGAACACUUUCCAAUGAAUGGUCUAAAGUGUGUCAGACAACUGAAUCCAGCAAUCCAGAUAUGACAUGACCAAGGUAGAUUUGAAAGUAAUUCUCCAUGCCCAAGCCCUAGACACUCUGCUUCUCAAUGCAACUCAAGAUUUGGGUGUUUUUUCACAUUGUACGCUUUUGAUGAUUUUACAAUUCACUAAAAUUCCUUGUCAUUUUUUUUCAGAUGAACUACUAUUGGCUAUGCUUUUUUAUUUGUGAAAUUAGUUUUUGAGUCCAAAUAUAGGAUAUUACAUUCCUUUCAUUAAUAGUUAGCUUAGUUUUCUGUCCCAUUGAGAUUUUUUUUUUUUUAGAGCCUUUCUUCUGUGAUCCAAUAUGGCAGUGUUUUGCCUCAACCCUAUCCUUUACCAGGGAAUAAUAAAAAGAAAGAUUGAUGGAACUAUUCUCUAUUUCCCACACUGGAGACUGUGGCUCCAAGACCACCAAGUUCCCAAAUCUGAUUUUUCUUCAGUAAGCUCUUCUAGUAGUAAAAUAAGUGACAGUAGCCAUUAACUUGAAUGGCUGAGUACAGUUUCAAUUUAAAAGGAUCCUGAACCUGGGAGUUUUCCAAGAUGGUCUGAAUUGGAAAGGAUACCAGAACAGAUAUCUCCUAACAAACAUCACCACAGGGUUUAAGGAUUAAGUAUAUCUGAUCCCAUAAUCCCUGUGAGAAGCUUCCUGGAAUCUGGAGUGUCAUGCUGUAGUAACCUAGGGAGAGAGAUUUUUAUCUACCUUCUCUGUCCUAUCCAAACUGAGUAAGGCAGAUAGAUCCUUGCCUCUGACCAGAUGAGCUCAAGGCAUGCUUAUUCCUAGCAAAAUUGGAAGAGCAGAGAUUUGAGAGAAGGGAUGAGAAAGCCUGCAGGAUACCUCCAGCAGGGAUACCCUGGCUGGUCGGGGCUUGGGAAUAAAUAAAGGAGCCUGCUAGUGAAUUGAACAAAUGGCAUGAGGGACUGAAAUCCCUGUAUCUGAGAAUGCCUCUGAAUCAGUGAAGAUAAGAGAAUGUGAACUAAGACACACACACACACACACACACA